CUCAUCCGACUAGCCGUUUACUGGCGUCGUUUCCAAAACUUCGAGCGUAAAUAACACUCUGCUAUUUUUGAAAUAAAGUCGUUGGUUUUGCUAUCCCAAAAUGAAAGGAAUGAACUACUGAAAAACCCUGAUGAUUUAUUAUAGAAACAAAUUCUGAAUUAUUAUGUGAAGUGUGUUAUUCAAAUCACAAACGACCAAGGUGUUAGAAUGACAGGCCAAAAUAAAAGUGAAAUGUGUAAUUUAUUACUCAGAAUUUUCUAUGUUAUUGGGUUAUUAGAAAUGGUCGUUACGGUGAAGAUCAACAGACUGCAAGUGCCGGAAAUAGCUCAAUUAGGAGAUCCUGUUGUCUUAGAUUGCGACUACACAUUGGAAGAGUCUUUGGAAGAAGGACUCGUAGUCAAGUGGUUUUUUAAUGGUAAACCCACUCCUAUAUACCAGUGGAUUCCAAAUAAAAAACCGCAAGAACUCGGUAUCAUGAAAGGCAGGCUGAAUCUUGAUUAUUCAGCAAGUUCAGAUACAAAUAGCGUCCAUAGAGCAUUACAUAUCAUGGAAACAGGACCCGACUUAUCAGGAAACUAUACCUGUAACGUUUCCACAUUCAGUGGAGAAGACACGAAAACCAAAAGGAUGUUAGUGUUAGCUUUCAUGAUGAAUGAUCCCUACGAAAGAGAGAUACGAGAGUUGCAAUCUAUGUUUGAUGAAGUGUUGACUGACGAAGAAGUCAAAUCUGAUGAUGAUUCUGAGACGGAUUAUAUGGAGAUGUUGGAGGAAAGAACAAACAUUAUAA